UUAUACCAUUACUCAAAUUAUAUCUAUCUAUCUAUCUCUAAUUAUAUCUAUAUAUCGUUCUCUCUCUAGCUAAAAUAUCAAACAUGUUAGGAAAAAUGGUUUCAGUCAAGAAACUAGCCAAGAAAGUGAAAGUGAAAGUUAUAAAUGGCACCGAACCAUCACACCAUGAAUAUUUGCUCAAGGAUCAAGAGGAAGGAGCAUGUUCAACUCCAACCGGUUUUCUCGCGCUUUAUAUAGGCGAAGAAAGACGUCGAUUUGUCGUGCCAACGGGUUACUUGUCUCAUCCGUUAUUUAAGAUGUUAUUAGACAAGGCUUCGGACGAGUUUGGAUUUGAGCAAAAAAAUGGAUUGGUGGUGCCAUGCAGUGUAGCCGCUUUUCAAGAAGUUGUAAGUGCGGUUGAGUGUUGCAAUGGGAAAUUUGAUCUUAGUCAUUUGGUUCAAGAAUUGAUUUAGUUGUAAAGAAAUGUUAUAUAUGUGCCAAAAACAAACAAAAAAGAAAGAAGAGAGAAGUUGUGAAUUUGGCAACUCCCUUUUGUUGGUUAUUUUCAAGGAUAUCUGGCUAGCUUUAUCAAUAUAAUCCAUUUGGUAAGAGGUAAUUCAUGAAUAAUCCUUCUAUGUACUUUGGCACAAUUGAGUUUUUGAAGAUGAGUUGGUGCUUAGUUUUGACAAAUUAAAAAGAUUAUAAAACAAGGUAUUCUUAA